GGGCAGCCGGGUCCCGGUCGCCCAGUGGCAGAGAGGUGGCGGUAACCGCCUUCCUAUUUCCGCCCGGCCGGCAGCGCUGCGGGGUGCGAGCGCGCGAGAGGCGCUGGGUGCUCGCUCCGCCCGCCCGCGCCGGGGGCUGGCCCUGCCUUGCCAGCGCCUUUUUCCCCCCGCACCGCGGCGCCGCUCCGCCACUUGGGCACCGCCGGGAGGGCAGGAGGCUGGAGCGCCUGCUGCCCGCCCGUCCGCCCGCCUGCCCGUAAGAUGGUCACCUCGGCUGGACAGCUCACCCUCUUCGUGCUGGGUAUUGUCCUGGCUGUGUGCCAAGCCCUGGAGAACAGCACGUCGCCCCUGAGCGCAGACCCGCCCGUGGCUGCAGCAGUGGUGUCCCACUUCAACGACUGUCCAGACACACACACUCAGUUCUGCUUCCAUGGAACCUGCAGGUUUUUGGUGCAGGAAGACAAACCAGCAUGCGUCUGCCACUCAGGCUACGUGGGUGCCCGCUGUGAGCAUGCAGACCUGCUGGCCGUGGUGGCCGCCAGCCAGAAGAAGCAGGCCAUCACCGCCCUGGUGGUGGUCUCCAUCGUGGCCCUGGCUGUCCUCAUCAUCACAUGCGUGCUGAUACACUGCUGCCAGGUCCGAAAACACUGCGAGUGGUGCCGGGCCCUCGUGUGCCGGCAUGAGAAGCCCAGUGCACUCCUGAAGGGAAGGACUGCUUGCUGCCACUCGGAGACAGUGGUCUGAAGAACCCCAAGGAGAAGCGUGGCCAGGUGGACUGCAGCAACCUGAUGAAAGGCCUUCCUCAGGAUGGCGCUGCAAGGCAUGCUGGGACGUGCCGGCUGACCCCUCCUAUUUUGCCUGCUGUCACCUGUGCAGCCUCUUUGUCCCCUUGGGGGCCUUCAAAACUCUGCCAAGGACUCUGUCUGCUUGGGGUUAUUCUCCAUGACCUGGAGAAGUCAGAGGAUCAGGAUUUCAAAGACUGGUCCAACAAGAACUGCCAAGGGGUGGACUUCCUGUUUACCUACAUCAGGUGUGUGGUCGGUCAGUGUCCAAGUCCAGGUGUGUGCGGUUACCUCCUGACGUCACAGAUUCCAGACUCGUCCCCACCAGAGAAUCCUGCCCAGCACCAAGGUACCUACCAUCACGACAAUUUCCUCUCAUCUGCUGAUUGGGACAAGGAAAGCUACUGAUUGUUACAUGGAGACAGCGAGUUUAAGAAGUGCCAUGUCCUCCAACCACAAGGCCCUCAGCCAUUCUUAGGUGUUCUAUGGAUACAAGCUGUUGAAGUCCUUCCCAAGCCAUGGCCGCCCUCAGAGAUCAUUUGUUAUUUAUUAGAUGGAGAAUGAUUUAUAUUGUCAGUCUCCUAAGUCAGUGUAAAAAGCCUAAACCCCUUCGAACGUGUACAUUCAUGACAUAUGUAUUGUCAUACAGAUCAGAAACACCAGCCUGUUUAGGAAGCAGAGGAUUUGGGGAACCCCCCUUUCCCAGAGCGUGUGACAAUGGAUCCAAAAAUUGGGUUCCUGAUAGAAGCAAAUACUGGCAUUCAGAAGCCAUGCCGUGUAAGAUACAGAGCAGGUAAUUGCCCCAGAUAACACUGUUGCAGGGAGGGGAGCCGGAGCAGCCUGCGUGCAGGGGAGCAAGCACAGGACAGACACGACGCAUAUGUCACCGUACAGCCAUGAACCAGAGACUCCCUCGGAUGCCCUGCUCAAGCCUAACAGGCAGCCCCUGGGCAUUUCAGGAUAACUCCAUGAAAGGGAGACCAGUCAUAGAAUUUCCAUUUGGUUGCUUUAUUUUUAAAAGGAGAAGUGUAACUUUCCUAUUUAUUUUAAAGCAUUGGGAGAAAUAUUUUAGUGGCUUUUUCUUUUCCAUUCAGGAUGCUGACCUUUAUUCAUGAAAAGGCUCCUGAACCAUCUCCACAUCUUGGAGUCCUGAUCACAAGGAGGUGUUCUGACCCCGGGGACCUGCUCGAGAGAGCAGGAAGCCCUUCCAAUAGACAGCAGGGAGCUCAUGCCUAGGAAUUUUUGU